UUUCCUAUGACUGCAUUUUUAUGAUAGACAACCUCUGUGAUCCUACUUAGUUUUAUGAUCUCUGUUUAGCUGUCAACUAACUUUCUGUGCACAUGCACAUUGGCAGCCCAUAUGUUAUAAACAAGGAGCCCGUCUAGUGCAAACGCUUGCUCACUUGACUUACACACACACUUUGGUAGUACAGGUUGCGAAAGUUCUCAAAGUUGUCAAGAUGAAUAAGGUGGUUUUCGCCGUCGGUUUAUUAUGUAUCUUAUGCAAAGCGCGUGGUGAUACUCCGGCCAACUGCACAUACGAAGAUGUCACAGGCAGCUGGACGUUCCAGGAAGGCAAUCGAAAUCACGGCAAGACUCUGAACUGCAGUGAUGCAUUCGAUCCAAUUCGCAAGAUCAAAGUGGAGUUUCUGUUUCCGGAUGUAGCAAUAGAUCAGUAUGGGCACAAGGGCCGAUGGACUGUAAUUUAUAACCAAGGAUUUGAAUUCGUCAUCAACGAAAGAAAAUAUUUUGCUUUCUCAAAAUACAAGCAGCAAGGAAGUAACAUCACCAGCAUAUGUGACAGGACGAGUACUGGAUGGUCCCACGAUACGCUCGGACAUAACUGGGCCUGCUACAGUGGGAGCAAGGACACCAGUGUUCCAGCCAAACACCACACUGCCAUCGCAGAGCCGCCGCAGCCGGGCCGCCAUUACCGCUACGACUACGGCCUCGUGACGGCGAUCAACGAUGCGCAGGACUCGUGGACGGCUAAGGUCUACCCGCAGUACGAGAAGAUGACUCGUGCUGACAUGAUGCGAAGGGCCGGCGGUCGAAACUCGAAGAUCUAUCAGAAGGACGAGCAGUGUCGCACCGACCCCGGAUGCUACCGGCACUACGCGACUCGAUACGAAUACUCAUCCUCUUCUCCCUCAUCCUCUCCUCCGUACGCGGGGAAGGACGAUCAGUGUCGCACCGACCCCGGAUGCUACCGGCACUACGCGACGCGAUACGAAUACGUCGGUGGCUUCUACGGAGUGUGUAACGAGGCGUUAAUGAGGCGUCAGCUCGUUAAGAAUGGCCCGAUGUCCGUCUCCUUCAUGGUGUACAGUGACUUCAUGCAUUACGCGGGCGGCAUCUACCACCACACGGCUCUCACGGACAGAUACAACCCCCUAGAGCUCACCAACCACGCCGUACUCCUGGUCGGCUACGGCUACGACCACCGCACGCUGGAGAAGUACUGGACCGUGAAGAACAGCUGGGGCGAGGAGUGGGGCGAGCGCGGCUACUUCCGCAUCCGCCGCGGCGUCGACGAGGUCGCCAUAGAGAGCGUCGCAGUCGAGAGCUUCCCGAUACCGUAGACGGUGGCGCCAUCGCGUGGCCGUCUCGUGAAAUAUGGGAGAUAUUUUUUGUGUGAGUUGUUGAA